AUGAAGAGAGCAGUGUCUGUCCAGACGUAUUGGAGGCCGAUGGCCAUGAGGCAUGAUUCACUCCAACAUACUGAUGGUCUGAAAAAACCCGCAGAGGUUUACGGGAGGAAUGACAUGCCAAGGAGUAAUUGUACACUGUGUGAAGGAGCCUUGGUGACCCAAAUACUGCUCGAGGAUGAUUGCGAUGCUGAUGCUGGUGGCUAUGACCAUGGAUAGGAAUCCUCCGACGAUGCAGACUACUAUACACCAACGAGGAAGCUGAGGCCCCAAGACCCAAUCGUGGAACUGGACGUCUCAAACUGCUCUCAUUCAAUCGAUCUCUCGAUCUUAAAGCCUUAGCAAUAAGCGUGGGUGAGCUGGCAAUGGAGACAAGUUGGGGAUUUGUGGUGUGAUGGAGAGCUGGUAAGGUUGCAUAGUUAGUGACCCCAUCCGUUUGACCAAUCACCUCAGUGUCGGAAGUCACUUCUCUAUCAUGUGGUCGUUCAUCACUCAUUCUAAUGGCCUGUUGAUGAUGUUGAGGAUUAUAGUUCGUAGGUCCAUUACUCGCAGCAAAAUUAGGAGCCGAUUGCUGCUGCUGCUGCUGAACUUGUUGGCCAGUAGUUGUCUGCUGCUGAGAUAGGUAGUUGAAAUUGACAUUGGCCGGCACUGGUUGUUGGUCCAUAGGACCUACAUUAACUCCGCUGGAGAUUGUAUUGA